AUGAGUAAGUUUGAGUGAAAUUUGUUCGUUUGAGCUGGAUUUAUUUUAUCUAUGAUUCACAUAGGAUUUUUGCAUAACCUUCAGAGUUUUUUAAAUAAGGUUUUGUUAUUAAUGCGUUUAUUUUUAUCUAGGCCUCAAAAAAUUAUUUAGUCUGUUUUUCGAGGGUCAACAAAACUGGCUGUUUCUACAACCGAGGUUUUGAUUUUAGGUAUGAACACGAUGAUCGACAACAGUCAGUCAAAUGAAGCUGUGAACAAGUUCCCCUCACAAAAUCUUAUUCCCAAAGCACUAACUCAACAAGUAAGUUGUGAAGUCUUUCGAAAUAUCUUGAGUUCAGACCCAAUUUCUAAAAAAAUACCCGCAAUAUGAUGGACGAAAUGUUAUUAUUGCCAUCAUGGACACUGGAGUGGAUCCGGCUCUUCCAGGAAUGCAGGUAAGAUGAAAAAGAAUAUAAGUAGCCUAAAGAUCUGCAAUAAUUGGGUGGAUUAUAAUGAAGCUUUCAGUUUACCACCACUGGAGAGAGAAAGGUGAUAGAUUGCUAUGACACGAGUGGAUCGGGAGAUGUAGAUACAUCUACUAUAAAAAAAGUCGAGGUUGACGGGACACUCGUCGGUUUAAGUGGACGCAGAUUAAAGGUACCUUUAUUUAAUCGAUCAUUGUAAUGUUGGCUUUAGAUACCUGAGAAAUGGCAGAAUCCUUCCGGAAAGUAUCAUCUUGGAAUUAAACCUCUGUUCGAAUUAUACCCCUCGAAUCUGGCUUCCCGUAUAACAGUAAGGUGCCGAAACAUUACAAUUUCGAUUUUAGAAAGAAAAGAAAGAAGAGCAUCUCGAUUCGGAACAGAAUCUGGCUGUGGCCGAUGUUCUGAGAAGAAUUCAAGAACACGAGAAAGAAGUGGGCGGAACCUCGGAACAUCUGAAAGACAAACUGGAAAGGGAGAAUCUGAAUUAUCAGCUGGAAUAUCUAAGAUCAUUCGAGAAACAGACCGACGUUGGGCCGAUCGCCGAUUGCUUGGUCUGGCAUGAUGGAAACAAGUGGAAUGCCUGCGUGGACACCUCGUUCCGAGGGAGAUUAAAUCUCUGUACUGUCCUCACUACCUACAAAGACUCCCUUCAAUACGCUUUCUUCACUGAGAAAGGUAAGAAAAAAGCAGAUUUGAUUUUUUUUCAAGUGACAUCCUAAUUCUUAUCUUGUAGACAAAUUCACGUAUACUGUGAACAUCCACAACAACGGGAAGCUCUUGGAAAUUGUCACUUGUGCUGGUGCUCACGGAUCCCAUGUUGCUCACAUUGCUGCAGCGCAUUAUCCCGAAGAGCCAGACAAGAACGGAUUGGCCCCUGGAGCAAAGAUCAUAUCGUUUUGUAUAGGCGAUGGAAGACUGGGAUCAAUGGAAACUGGACAAGCCCUCACCCGAGCUGUAAGAACUAUUUUUGCGAUCAAAAAAGGUAUUCUUUAAAAUCUGCAGCUCAAAAAAUGUGCCGAACUUGGUGUUGAUGUUGUUAAUUAUUCUUAUGGCGAAGCUGCUCGGUUCCCCAAUACUGGCGCGAUAGUCGAUGUUCUAAGGAAGAUGGUAUUCAAGGACGGAAUCACUUUUAUUUCAUCUGCUGGAAACAACGGUCCGGCUCUUUCGACUGGUGGAUCUCCGGGAUCUUCAAGUGAAGCCGCGAUCGGAGUUGGUGCUUAUAUUCCCCCCGAGGGCGUCGACGUCUUAUAUGGAGCCCGAACUAAGCACGAAGCCAACUUGUAUCCAUGGAGCAGCAGAGGACCAGUGUAUGUGAAGCUUACUUUUUAUUUUUAAUGUUCGGACUUUAUUACUCAUUUCCUUGUUUUAGUCCGGAUGGAUCGCGAGGUGUCAGUAUAUCGGCCCCCGGAGUCGCUAUUGCCGGAGUCCCCAAAUACCAACUCCAUGGAGUCGAAUUGAUGAACGGGACAUCGAUGAGUUCACCAAAUGCCACAGGCAAUGUGGCUUGUCUGAUGUCUGCGCUGAAGGCAAACCAGAUUCCCAUUUCUCCUUAUCGGAUCAGAAUUGGACUGGAGAACUCGGCUUUGUUCCCUGAGACCUCAGAUAUCACUCCUUUGGAUGUUGGCAGUGGAUUGGUUCAGCUGGAAGAUGCUUUCGAUUGGUUUAAAACCGCAGAUUCUAUUCCGGAAAGUCUUUCUACGGUUGAGGUUUCGGUCUCUGAUGUGUCUUCUACUGUCAGUGAACAUGGUAAGUCGUAUUCUGUUAUUCUGUACAGUAAUUUUAUUAUAGGCAAACGCGGGAUUUACCUUCGUGAAUCAUAUCAGACAGAGAAGGUCUCCGACUUUAUUGUGUCAAUAUCUCCUAAAUUCAAAUUACUAUCUUCCCAUGAUGAGAAAAUUGAUUUUGCAAGGAAUAUCAAACUAUCUUCGACGGUCGAUUACCUUGAUCAUCCGAAAGUCAUGGUCCUCACGAAUCAAUCGAGUAACUUCCAAUUACGGGUCGACCCAACAAAACUUCCUAUCGGGGUAAAGCAGUGAAACAAUAGAUUGAGAUGUUUUUAGUGUCAUUACGCUGAAAUUCACGGGGUUGACACGGAUAACCCUCAGUCUGGUCCUCUCUUCAAAGUGCCAAUUACAAUUAUUAAGCCGGUUAUAUUGACCAAUGAAGAUAAUUAUCAGUUGAAGCAAUCAUUCGGUCUCGAACCAGCCAAACCUUUUCGAUUAUUCGUCAGGAAUCCAGAUGGAGCUCAGUAUUUGAAACUGAAAUUGAAAACGGCGAACCCAGAAACAGUCUCCAAACUGUAUCUUCAUGUGAUUGAUCAGACUCCCGCCUAUUCAUACAGAGAAAGAGAAAUGAGCAAGGUCGGUCGAAAAAAGAAAAAUCGAAUUGUUAGUUAAAUUUUUAACUUGUAGUCGUAUCUCGAUAUUACGAUGACAAAAUUAUUUUAGUUCUGCGCUCUGGAGCCAGGAAAUGAGUCGGUCUAUUACAAACGGGUUGCAGAAGGAAGAACACUUGAUAUUACGAUGGUUUUGCAAUGGAAUAACGUUGAAAAAAAGGAGAUUGUGGACUUCGAAUUGAGCUAUCAAGGACCCAAGUCAGAGGUUCCAUUAUGGGUAGGGAGGGGGUCGAAUAUUGGAAUAUUUUGUUUAGUAUACCAACCAAGCCGCUCAUCCGUUGAAGGUAUCGAAUAGUCUAAGAUAUGAGGUCUUGGCACCCUCGGUCUCCCUCACUCACUGUCGUCAUAACCUUCGUCCAACCGAAGCGAAAGUUGUUCCCCUCGGCCCAAGGGAUCUCUCCCAUGAUGGAAUUCAAAUGUUCGGACUUCAUUUGACCUACAAAUUUAAUGGUAGGAUAUAGAGAUUAUGUUAGAUAAACGACUUUAGUAUCGAAGCCUGCUGAAUAUUCGUUCUGGCUUCCUGAGAUCACGGAUUAUCUCUACGAGAACCCAUUUGAAUGUAUUCUGGUCCAUAUUUAUGAAGGAAGAAGAUUUGUCCAUGCGAGUUCAUCGUUCCCGCAAAGAGUAAGUGAUGGUAAGCAGCUCAUGUUUAUACUUUAGUAUUACAAACGUCUCUCCAAAGGAGAUCAUCGGGUCAAAAUCCAGAUCCGGCAUCAGAAUGAUCAACUUUUGGAGAAGUUUAAGGACGCCGUGUUAGAACUCAGAUGGAAACUUUCCGCUGCAUUGACCAUCGAUUGUUAUCGUACUCACGCUGAAGCCCUAAAAGGAGAUGGGAAGAAAGUGACAAGUUUGCCAAUGAGACCUGGUCAACAAGCCAUGCUCUAUUUCGCACCUCUUCCUGAAGACAAAUUGCCUAAAGGCAUUCAUUCGGGGGAUGUUUUGAGUGGAUAUUAUACCCUGGCGUCUGAUGAAACUGCUAAGAAAAGCAUCCAAUACCUGGCUUUGUUGAAUGUUAGUGAGAAUAAUGCGAAAAAGAUUGGAAAAGCUCUGAGUACGGUGGCUGUGGAAGCCGGAAAAACUCCAGAAAAAAGUGCCGCGGAGAAAUAUGAAGGUAAGGUUUUGUAAUGAAGUCUGAUGGUUUCAGAGAGCCUCCGAGAUCAUAAAAUCAAGCAGCUUUCCGGAUUAAAAGAUGCCGAACUGGCCGAACAAAUCUACAAAGAACUUCUCGAAAAAUAUCCAGAACAUCUGCCUUUGCUGACUGCGCAGUUGCAAAGACUUCAUGGAGAAAAGAAAAAGGAUAUCGGGAAGGUAAAUGAAGUAGCGGAAAAGAUCUUGGAGAUUGCCAAACCAGCCGAAGUCUUGCAAUUCUUCGGUGGGAAGAUCGAAGAACAUGAGGAAGAUCUGAAAAAGAAAAAGUAAGGCUAAUGGUGAUUAAUAAUUCAAAUCUUCUAUAGAGAGCUAACCAACAGAAAACAAGCCAUUAUCAAGACUCUUCAAUUGAAGACUGAGGUCUUGUUGGAUGCUCAUUUGGCAGCUACCAAGCUUAAGAUUCCACCAACAUUUAGAAACCUACAAGGCAAAGCAUCGUCUGAUUCAGAAUCCAAGGAAAAUACACCUUCGCCAGAAGAAAAGAGUGCGGAGAAAGAGGAUUCGGAUAAUGAAAAGGCCGCCGUGACGGCUUGUGAAGCCCCAGAUGACAACAACAACCCCGAUCCCCCUCUCUCAGAUCCACCACAAGAAAAUGUAGAAAACACUCCGACCGAGGAUCUUCCAGUCAUCCCUUUGGCUGACAUUGACGCUGUUUACAACGAAUUAAUGCGGUUUGCUGACCAUAAUGACCCCGCAAUCCUGUUACUAACCGCCAAGAGAGCUGUUGCCCAUGAGUAUUACGGCAUCGCCCUGAGAUGUGUGAAUAAGAUUAUCAACGAAGGAAAGGCCACUCAAGACCUACAGAAAGCCCUGUUCGAGUUGGCGGACAGCCUCGGGUUCACUCAUGUCGCUCAACAACUCAAAAACGAAUAUAUCGUCAAGUAUUGUAUCAACGACCGCCUCUUUUAA